CGCGACUCUGGCGGUUGUUUUUAGUUCCUGCGGGUAGCGAGUGAUCUAGAUGCGGUGAAGUUGAUUUUUCGGGGAGGAAGUGACUACCGAUUAGGGUAGUGUGGUGAUUUUUAUUAUUUUUUUCGUUGAUUGGUGGUGAUUUUAUUUUGUAAGCGGGUUGGAUUUUUUUUUUAAGCAACUAAUUUAAAUCAUUAAAAAUGUAUGAACUAAGCAAACGACUGGCAUCAUUCUAUCCGACCUACGUCUUAGGAAUUGUAUCCAUUGGCUACAUUUGUGGAGAAUUAGGUCACUAUCUCAUAGGAGUUACUAGCAAGGCAAUAGCAGAAGAUCUGCAUUUUGGGGAUAUUUCUUGUCAACUCAAUUUAACUCAUGUGUAUCUUAGCGAUUUGCCAGUACAGUGCUCAGCAGCCAACAGUUCUGAAACGUGUGCAUCUCUAACACUCAAUGGAACUAGAUAUUGCGAAUGGACUUAUAAUGGAUUGGGGAUAGACUAUCAAGUACUUGCUGGUCCAAGUUUUAUAGCCGUUUUUACGAUAGUAGGAGUAGUCAUGGGUUUUCUAGCAGACAAAUUCAACAGGGUCACAUUAUUAAGUGUUUGUACAGUAGUAUUUGGCGUUGCCAUUAUUCUAAGUGGAAGCGUAAAGGAAUUUUGGCAGUUAGUACUUCUGCGUAUGAUAAUGGCAGCUGGAGAAUCGGGUUGCAAUCCUCUUGCCACUGGAAUUCUCUCUGAUAUUUUUCCUGAAGAUAAAAGAGCUUUGGUCAUGUCCGUUUUUAAUUGGGGAAUAUACGGAGGUUAUGGUAUUGCAUUUCCUGUUGGCCGGUAUAUUCCUCCUAUGAAUACCUGGGGUCUAGGAUGGAGAGUAACCUACUAUGGUGCUGGAAUUGUAGCUCUUAUACUGGCACUUUUGACUUGGUUUACAUUAAAAGAUCCCGAACGCAAAUCGAUCGGUGAAGAUGCAUCACAGAAUGCGGCCGCUAAAAAAUUCACUAUUUGGAACGUUAUAGCUGAUCCCAGGGUGAUUCUUUUAUGUUUCGCUGCUUCCAUAAGGCAUUGCGGAGGGAUGUGCUUUGCUUACAAUUGUGAUCUUUAUUACCAAACUUAUUUUCCCGAUUAUGAUUUAGGUUGGUGGCUGUUUGCAGUUACUAUAGUUAUUGGCUCGAUUGGUGUAGUCAUUGGAGGAAUAAUAUCGGACAAGAUUGUGGCAAAAAUGGGUAUUCGAUCAAGGUGUGUGGUCUUAGCAGUUAGCCAAAUAAUAGCGACUCCUUUUGCAUUUGGAAGUGUUUACUGCACACCCGUAGGUGCUAUGGUUACCCUUGGGAUCUCUUAUUUCUUUGCUGAAAUGUGGUUUGGCAUUCUAUUUGCUAUGGUGGUAGAAAUAGUGCCUCUACAUGUCCGAUCUACAACGAUCGGUGUCUUCCUCUUCGUCAUGAAUAACAUCGGAGGAAAUCUUCCUAUUGCUGUUGAACCUGUAUCAAAACAAAUUGGCUACAGAGAAAGUUUAUUCAUAUUUUAUGUCGGAGCUUAUGCAUUUAGUUCCGUUCUUUUCCUGUUGACCACAUUCCUUAUGCCAGCUCAAAAGCCAGCCGAACCAGCUCCGCAGAAAGAAUUAACAGGACACGAUAACGUUGUUUUCACCGGCGAUGAAACGAAUCUACCUACCAUUACAUCCCUUGUAAGGAAUACAAAGAGGAUGGACAAUGAAAGUCAUAGGCUGUAGAAACUUAUUAUUUAAGUUUUUAAAAUAUUGUAAAUAUGUUUUUAAGUGUAAAUAAGCUGUGAUCGAACAUUUGCGGACAUUAUUGUAAAAUAAAUAUUUG